GCGACAGCCGAGAGCCGGCGGACGGGAGAGGCCCCUGGGGACCGCAGCGGCUGCUCCGCGACCGUCCCCUCAGGCGCGGCGGCACCGCGCGGCGGAUGGGCUCUGCCGCGGCCCAGGAUGUCUGGGAGCGCCUCGGGGAGGCAGGCGGGCCCGGCGGAGGUAACAGAUUGUUUUUCACAUUCAUUUGAUGACUUCUUUGGAAACACAAAUAUUUCUUCGCCUGUCAUUCCUUUGAAGCCACUAGAAGGCACGUCUGGAAGAAACCGUCACAAAAAGAAGAAAGACCUGUCUCCCGUGACAAAAAGUAGCAAAGACAAAGUUCUUCCCAGAAAAAAAGCAAAGUCAUCUUUGGUAGAUCUGCCUUGUAACAAGUCCAGGCAAAACUGGAGCCAGUCUCAAGAUGAGCUGUGGGUAGAUAGAUACAAACCUGAAACUCAGAAUGAACUCGCUGUGCAAAAGAAGAAAAUUGAGGAAGUUGAAAGCUGGUUAAAAAUGCACGCAUUUCAGAGGCAGCCAAAGCAGGGUGGCUCUGUUUUACUGCUUAGUGGUCCUCCUGGGUGUGGAAAGACUGCAACUAUACAAAUAGUAGCAAAAGACCUUGGUGUUCAGGUGCAAGAGUGGACAAAUCCAGUAUCUUUAGACUUUACAAAAGAAGAAUUAAGGAAUAAGUUUGGCCACGACUCAAGUUUUCAUAUGUUUCCAAGUCAGGCCCAAGCAGCUCUCUUUCAAGAUUUUCUGUUAAGAGCAAAUAAGUAUAACAAACUCCAGAUGCUUGGGGAGUCCUCAGAAAAUGAUAAAAAGCUUAUUCUUAUUGAAGACAUACCUAAUCAAUUCUAUCGAGACCCUAGCAGUCUACAUGAAAUUCUCAGGAAAUUUGUUCGUACAAGUAGAUGUCCCCUUAUAUUUAUAAUCUCAGAUAACUUCAGUGGAGACAGCAACCAGAGGUUACUAUUCCCAACAGAAAUUCUAGAAGAGUUGCGUAUAUCAAAUAUUAGUUUCAAGCCUGUUGCACCAACAAAUAUGAUGAAAGUUCUUAAUCGAAUAGCUGCAGUGGAAGCUAGUAUGAACAGAGAAAAGAGUUAUACUCUUGAUAGAACGUCUCUGGAGUUGCUUUGCAAAGGUUGUUCAGGUGAUAUAAGAAGUGCAAUAAACAGUCUUCAGUUUUCAUCUAUGAAAGAUUGCUCAUUGGAGAAGGAGUUUUGGUCACGGAAGAAAAGGAGCUCUGCACUAAAGUGUGAAGCAGCAGCAGUAUCUAAAGUAAGAAAGAAAAGUAAACCUGAUACUGAAGAAGACCAGGAGAUGCAAGCUAUUGGUGGCAAAGAUGCAUCCAUCUUUCUUUUCCAUGCUUUGGGGAAAAUAAUUUACUGUAAAAGAGAACCAGUGUCAGAAUCAGAAUUUCCUCAUCUGCCUGCUCACUUAUCAGAAUACCGUCGAGACACCUUGCUUAUUCAGCCUGAGGAUAUUGUGGAAAAAUCACAUAUGUCUGGAAGCAUGUUUAAUUUAUACCUUCAUCAGAACUAUGUAGAUUUUUUUUUGGAUAUAGAUGAUGUAGUGAGAGCCAGUGAAUAUUUGAGUACCGCUGAUGUCCUUUGCAGUAACUGGAGUACACGUCUUGUGAUGGAAAAAUACAGUGCAUCUGUGGCUACCCGAGGGGUGAUACAUUCAAACACGUCCAGAGCCUUUGCCCAUCACCAAGGAGGGAUGGGCUUCCGGCCUUUACAUAAACCCCAGUGGUUUUUUAUCAAUAAAAAGUAUCAAGAGAACUGCCUUGCUGCAAAAUCUCUCUUUUCAAGCUUCUGUUUACCACCCGAGUGUCUUCAGACAGAGUUGUUGCCUUAUCUUGCUAUGUUAGCAAAUCCAAUGAGAAACCAAGCUCAGAUUGCUUUUAUCCAAGACAUUGGGAGGCUGCCGCUGAAAAGACAUUUUGGGAGGUUAAAGCUUGAAAUGCUUACUGAUAAGGAUCCUGGGAUACCAGACUUGUUUGUUGGCCCGGAGGGGGACCAUGGCGAUGCGUGUGUGGUGGAGGCGGCUGUGGCUGCGCACGUGGAGACAAACGGAACCUGUGAGAAUGAAUCGGAUGGGUUCCCUCUUUCUUCCAGCCAGUGCAGUGGAAGUGAACUGCCCUGCAGUCAGCCUCAGCCUGUUGCAGCUCAAGCAAUCAUAGAGGAAGAAGAAUUAAAAAUAGAGGAGUAUGAUAGUGCCUGAGAACAUCUAAAUACGAACUACCUUAAUGGAUUAACAGGCUACAAAGGCCUUUGCUAAAGAGAGUAUGAUCUGCACAAAAGUACUGCUUUAGCUACUUAGGCUAGGAGGCCAAGUCUUAAACAUGCUGUGUUAACAUCAAGACAACUCCUCAGCUUCCUCUUAACUUUGCAGGGCUAGAUGUGAGCUGAAUUACAAGCUACUCCUUGCCUCUCCUGAGCCAUGAAACAGUAUCUCUGUUCAUAAGAAAAGAAUGAUAAAUGGGGAUUGAAAUUAGUUUGAAAGAGACUGUAGGUAUGUAGUGUCACAUAAGUUAUUUUUAUUUUUACACAUUUUAAUUUACUUUGGAAUUGUACAGUGUGUUUCCUGAGUACAUGUUUGAUAAGUUGCCAGCUUUGAAGGUUUUAUUAAAAGUCAUACCUUCAAAAAAGUGGCUGUUUGGAAGCUUGUCCUUUAUGAAAGAACAGAUGGAAGUGCACAUGUAAAAAGUUUGAUAUCUCACACUGAUGAUGUAAAUAAAACACAUAAUGCCUUGUACAUUGCCACAGAUUUUUCUGUGUAAGUAAGCUGAACAUGUGUUGUUACAACUGAUUAUUUUGCAUUCCUUUUUGAAAGAUAGUUUCAUGACUUAUGGAAGGAAAAAUAUAGCCAUCAAGGGCAAGUCCUCCUUGCCCUUUGUAUGCUGUAGAAAGUUAAAGGUGUAGAGUGCAGUUAUUCUCAUUAAAUGGCAGUUGUGCUGGGGGAAAGAGUAAUCCUGUGUUUGGUAACUAUCACGCCAGAAGUGUGCUGUGGUUAUCUGAAUAGGCUGUUUAGCACUUCAGCAUUUUUCUGUGACAGGGUUUGUUCCAUGCAAACUAAUCUAGCACAUUGCUGUGGUUAGUGGUACCACAGGAAUAAGAAAAAAAAAACACAAAACCAACUUUGAAUGUGUAAUGUAUGUUUGCAUUUCUCUAUCACUUAUAUCCAAAGUUCAGUAGAAAAAUACAUGUUUAUCCACCAUAACCUUGGAAUUAAUGCUGCUAUUAAAAACUCCAGAUUUGUCUUCUCUCAA